AUGUACAUCACUCUCUACUUUAUAGUCACCCGCCUCCCUGACUCUCUUCACUCUGACAGGGACCACUUCCUCUCUCUUGACCCCACCUCCCUCACUGUUGACCUCCUCGAGCAGCAUCUCCUCGCAGCUGAGACUAGUGCUGUUGCUGUAGGUGCUGCUCGUGGCACUCCGCGCCCGCCCUUCUUUGAGGGGUGUUCCCCCUCCCCCCUUGCUCCCUCCUACGCCUCUGCUGCUGCUGCAGACGUCUCUGUUCCUGAGGACGUCGGGGCUGCUUUUGCUAGUGCGAAGCGCCGCAGCAGCAAGGGCAAGGGUGGCCGGGGUGGUGGUGGUGGCAGCGGCGGUGGUGGAGGUGGCAGCGGUAGUGGUGGUGGGGGCAGCAGUGGAGGUAGUGGCGGCGGUGGGACUGUUGGUGGGAGUGGCGGCUCUGGUGGCGGUGGUGGAGGCACCGGUGGGAGUGGCGGCAGUGGAGGCGGUGGGACUGGAGCUCAGCGUGUCGGUUCUAGGGGUGGCCAGCGUCAGCAGCAGAAGCGUCGGGGCGAGACCCCGUCUCCCCAGCAGCUUCAUGAGUGGUUUCUGCGUGGGGCGUUUGGGGGUAGUUGCCCAUCUGCUUAA